AUGCAAUUCAUCUCUGCCAUCGUGUUCCUUGCCACCUUCGGCGCUGUUGCCGCGGCCCCAACUGGUGAAACCGGGUCCCAGUGCUCCUCUUCCCAGUCCCUCGAAUGCUGCUCUGGUCUCACCAACGGUCUCUUGAACAUCAACAUUCUGCCUGCGCUGUGUGUUCCUUUGCUUGAUGCGUGCAAUAACCAGGCAGCAUGCUGUGAAACCAAUGGAGUGGGCCUUUUGAACUGCCUGACUGUGCAGAUUUAA